CAAGAAGUAUUUUCUAGCAACAUCUACAGAAUCUGAUUUGGUGUAGGUGCUGCCGAGCUCUACGGAUUAAGAUAUGUUUCGGAACAGCCUGAAGAUGCUCCUCAGUGGUGGAAAAUCUAACCGCAAGAACCGCUCCAGCGAUGGUGGGAAUGAGGAGCAGUCAGAGCGGAGACAAACAAAUUUAGAAUCUCGACAGAAUAGACCUGGACAAGGUGUGUCCAGCAUCGAGAACGAUUGUGCUUUUGAACCAGAUUACGCAGUGCCACCUCUCCCAGUUUCUGAAGGAAUGCAACACAUAAGGAUAAUGGAAGGAAUGUCCCGCUCCCUCCCCUCCUCUCCUCUGCUCACACACCAGUCUAUCAGUGUCCGCCUUCAACCUGUAAAGAAAAUAACAGCCCCCCUGAGGAAGGCGAAGUUUGUGGAAAGCCCUCGAGUGCCAGAGUCGGAGCUCAGUUCCCCGACCAGAACCUCAGCCAAGAAGCCAGACUGGGACGCUUUCUGCCCUGGUGAGUCAGAACAGGAGCUGGGACCUCCACCCUCUGUGGAUGAAGCUGCAAACACACUCAUGACACGACUGGGCUUCCUGCUGGGAGAUAAAGCCACCGAGGUUCAGGCAAGCACCGAAUACAGCAUGGAGGAACAAGACGAAAAUCAGGCACCUGCAGAGACCCAGCGAAUCAGCCCGUGCUCCACAUUGACCAGCAGUACUGCGUCUCCGCCUGCUAAUAGUCCCUGCUCUACCCUCCCCACAGUCAGUACGACUGCCACGACCAAGGACUGCUCUUACGGAACGGUCACCAGUCCUACCUCCACCCUCGAGAGCAGGGACAGUGGCAUUAUUGCCACGUUGACAAGCUAUUCAGAAAAUGUCGAGCAUUCCAAAUAUGGCGGCGAGAGCAGCAAGGAAUCAAGCUCGAGGGUCAACCUUAAGCCCUGGCAUCAGAAAUCAGGCCUGGACUCCUGCCUGUACCGAGUGGAUGAGAAUAUAGCCGGUUCCACCUUCAGCCUGAAUAAAUUCCCAGAAAGAAACCUGGAGACCGUCUCAUCUCAGUCUGUCCACUCCAUCCCUCUCUACCUGAUGCCUCGACCGAAUUCUGUAGCAGCUACAAGCUCCGCUCAUCUGGAGGACCUGGCCUACCUCGAUGAGCAGCGUCACACGCCACUGCGGACAUCUCUUAGAAUGCCACGUCAGCACAUGGCAGGAGGCCGCACCCAGCAGGACCUGCGAGCUUCCACUAAUGCCCAUGCUUGGCACACGCAUUCACUACGCUUUGCACCAUACAGACCUCCAGAUAUCUCCUUAAAACCGCUGCUGUUUGAAGUACCAAGCAUCACUACUGACUCUGUCUUCAUUGGCCGUGACUGGCUCUUCCACGAGAUAGAUGCACAGUUAAAGUGUGGAAACUCGAGUGUGAACCGAGGAGUAGUGAUCGUUGGCAACAUAGGAUUUGGGAAAACAGCCAUCAUCUCAAGACUGGUCGCCCUCAGCUGCCAUGGGUCUCGAAUGAGACAGAUCGCGUCUGAUAGUCCACAUGCAUCUCCAAAGCAUGUGGAAGGCAGCCGGGAUCUACCACUGACUCAGCCACCUCAGACCCAUCCCUCUAUCACAAGUGGAAGCUGCCCAAGCACGCCUGAGCUCCGCCGGCGACAGGAGGAAGCCAUGAAGAGGCUGGCCGCACAGGUGGUCGCCUAUCAUUACUGCCAGGCAGAUAACGCCUACACCUGCCUCGUCCCCGAGUUUGUUCACAACGUGGCUGCGCUGCUCUGCAGGUCCCCACAACUUGUUGCCUACAGGGAGCAACUGCUUCGAGAGCCGCAUCUACAGAGCAUGCUCAGUUUACGCUCCUGUGUACAAGAUCCCAUGGCAUCCUUCAGAAGAGGAGUCCUGGAACCACUUGACAACCUGCGCAAGGAACAAAAGAUUGCAGAUGAAGAUUUUAUCAUAUUAAUUGAUGGCUUAAAUGAAGCGGAAUUCCACAAACCAGAUUACGGAGACACAAUUGUCUCGUUUCUCACUAAAACCAUUGGGAAAUUUCCCUCGUGGCUGAAACUUAUCGUGACCGUUCGCACCACUCUUCAGGAAGUUGCUAAGCUGCUUCCGUUUCACAGGAUCUAUCUGGACAAACUGGAUGUGAAUGAGGCCAUAGACCAGGACCUUCAGGCCUACAUCCUCCACCGGAUUCACAGUAGCCUUGAAAUCCAGAAUAACAUUUCCCUCAAUGGCAAGAUGGACAACACCACCUUUGGCAAACUCAGCACUCAUCUUAAGGCUUUGAGCCAAGGAUCAUACCUGUACUUAAAGCUGACUUUUGACUUGAUUGAAAAGGGAUACCUUGUCCUCAAGAGCUCCAGCUAUAAAGUGGUACCCGUUUCCCUGGCUGAGGUCUACCUCUUACAGUGUAACAUGAAGUUCCCCACACAAUCCUCCUUCGAGCGGGUGCUGCCCUUACUGAAUGUGGCAGUGGCUUCCUUGCACCCAAUGACUGAUGAACAGCUUUAUCAGGCAAUAAACGCAGGGAACAUCGAGGGCAGCCUGGAAUGGGAGGACUUUCAGCAGCGAAUGGACAAUCUCUCUAUGUUUCUGAUAAAGCGCCGAGAUAUGACCCGGAUGUUUGUCCACCCAUCUUUCCGAGAAUGGCUGAUCUGGAGAGAGGAAGGAGAGAAGACCAAGUUCCUGUGUGAUCCCAGGAGCGGCCACACUUUACUGGCGUUUUGGUUCUCUCGUCAGGAAGGCAAACUGAACCGCCAGCAGACCAUUGAGCUGGGACACCAUAUCCUUAAAGCACACAUCUUCAAGGGUCUGAGCAAAAAGGUUGGGGUUUCAUCCUCCAUACUGCAAGGCCUGUGGAUAUCAUACAGCACAGAGGGAUUGUCCACAGCUUUAGCAUCGUUGCGGAAUCUGUACACCCCAAACAUCAAGGUCAGUCGCUUACUGAUUUUGGGCGGUGCGAAUGUGAACUACCGGACGGAAGUAUUGAACAACGCUCCAAUACUGUGUGUCCAGGCUCACCUCGGUUACUCCGACAUGGUGGCACUUCUCCUGGAGUUUGGAGCAAACGUCGACGCCUGCUCAGAGAGUGGGCUGACACCCUUGGGAUAUGCGGCAGCAUCUGGACACCUCAGUGUCGUAAAUCUACUGUCAAAAAGAAGAGCUAAGGUGGACCACUUGGACAAGAAUGGACAGUGUGCUGUGGUCCAUGCCGCACUGAGGGGACACCUGGAAGUAGUUAAGUUUCUAAUCCAGGCAGACUGGACCCUAGCAGGGCAACAGCAGGGAGGGUUCAAGAAGAGCCACGCAGUUCAGCAGGCACUUAUCGCAGCAGCAAGCAUGGGAUUCACAGAGAUUGUGUCGUAUCUGCUGGAUCUACCAGAGAAAGAUGAGGAAGAGGUGGAGCGAGCUCAGAUCAACAGCUUUGACACCCUUUGGGGAGAGACAGCACUGACUGCCGCAGCUGGCCGAGGGAAGCUUGACGUGUGCAGACUGCUUCUGGAGCAGGGAGCAGCCGUGUCACAGUCAAACCGGCGGGGCAUUGUCCCAUUAUUCAGCGCAGUCAGGCAAGGACAUUGGCAGAUAGUCGAUUUGCUGCUCACUCACGGGGCAGAUUCUAACAUGGCCGAUAAACAGGGACGGACGCCUCUAAUGAUGGCAGCUUCAGAGGGACACCUCGAUACAGUGGAGUUCCUGCUCGCCCAAGGAGCUUCGCUGGCGUUGAUGGACAAGGAGGGGUUAACGGCCCUCAGUUGGGCAUGUCUGAAAGGUCACCUGCCUGUGGUCCAGUCGCUGGUAGAGAGAGGAGCUGCUACGGACCACGCGGACAAGAAUGGCCGAACCCCGCUAGAUCUUGCUGCGUUUUACGGUGACGCCGAUGUGGUGCAGUUUCUGGUGGACCACGGAGCAAUGAUUGAGCACGUCGACUACAGCGGUAUGAGACCCCUGGACAGAGCAGUCGGCUGCCGCAACACUGCGGUGGUCGUCACCCUCUUGAAGAAAGGAGCUAAGAUAGGUCCAGCCACGUGGGCAAUGGCCACCUCCAAACCAGACAUCAUGAUCAUCCUCCUGAGCAAGCUGAUGGAAGAAGGCGACAUGUUUUACAAGAAAGGCAAAGUGAAGGAAGCAGCACAGCGGUACCAGUACGCACUGAAGAAGUUCCCUCGGGAAGGAUUCGGAGAGGAUCUGAAAACGUUCCGGGAACUGAAGGUGUCGCUGUUCCUGAACCUCUCCCGCUGUCGGAGGAAAAUGAAUGAUUUUGGGAUGGCAGAAGAAUUCGCAACCAAAGCACUGGAGCUGAAACCGAAGGCAUAUGAGGCAUAUUAUGCCAGAGCCCGAGCCAAGCGCAGUAGCAGACAGUUCUCAGCCGCCCUGGAAGACCUACAUGAAGCCGUGAAGCUUUGCCCCAAUAACCGUGAGAUCCAGCGCUUGUUGCUGCGUGUGGAGGAGGAGUUCAGGCAGGUGCAGUUUGGCCAACAGCAGCCGCCGAGCCAGCAGGAAGACGUCAACUCCAUACACGAGCUGUACGAUGAGGAAUAUCUGGAGCAAGAAUUGGACAGUGUCUCUGUCGGCCUCCACACAGAUCCAAGACCCAGCCAGGGGCUGCCAGUAAUACAGAGCCCACCUCCUUCCCCUGCACACCGCGAGCCCACCUACAGAUCCAGCUCGCCUCUCAGCUCUCACCAAGUGUUUGACUACAGACAGAGCCCAACCAUCGCCUCCCCUACCCGGCAGGGCUACCAGCCUACAUCUCCAUCACUCUCUCCUACUCACCAGAAUUCACAUUACCGUCCGAGUCCGCCACCCACGUCCCCCGCUCACCAGGGACCUUCAUAUCGCUUUAGCCCACCUCCAGUGGGUGGGCAAGGCAAAGAGUAUCAGUCUAGUCCACCCCCGUCCCCUCUGCGUCGAGCCCCACAGUACCGGGCCAGUCCUCCUGCAGACAGUAUGAGUGUGUACAGGCCUCAGUCUGCGUCCCCAGUCCGAUAUCAGCAAGAACCCACCAUGGGCCAACUUCCUGGGAGGCCAAAGUCUCCUCUAUCCAAAAUGGCCCAAAGGCCCUAUCAAUUGUCUCAACCUCCUUCAGCUUUGCCCCAACAGGGGCUGAGGUUACAACCGGCCAAGGCCCAGAUUGUCCGCACCAACCAACCCAGUUCUGCAGUGCAUUCCAGUGCUGUGAUACUAAGCGGAGCGUACAGUCAGGGCCCGCACUCCAUGAGUGGCAAACACCAGUCUUCAGCUGACAUGGCUCCUACACAAAGCCGCCUGGUUUAUCAGCCGGUGAUGGGUGGAGUGGUGGCCGACAGCAGACCCGUCCAGCAUGUGCAAGCCAGUCUGAGCGCCGGCGCGAUCAGCAAUGUUUGCCAACAUCCAGGAACCGUGAUGACGAAAGAAGAUCUCAGCCAAAGACCCUCUUCUGCCUACCGAGGGGGGGUGAGGUACGGGCAAACUCCUCAGAUUGGCCGCAGUCAGUCUGCUUCCUACUAUCCAGUCUCCCACUCCAAGCAUGACCUAGAGAGGGCCUCAGUGCCGUCCAGCCAGCUGGUGUCUCCCGACGUAUCUCACAUGAUCAGGAGGCCCAUCACCGUGAACCCCCCAGAGAUUAAACCUCACCCGCCAACACCUCGCCCACUGCUGCACUCACAGAGCACCGGCCUCCGCUUCUCCCCCUCCAGCAACAGCCUUUCCUCCAGCUCCAACGCCGUGUCUUCAUUCCGACCAUCCUCGUCCAUUCAGCAGAUGGAGAUUCCACUCAAACCAGGUUACGACAGUCGAUCCUGUGACGAGCAGUCCCCCAUCUCUCCAACGCAAGGCUACCCCGGGGACUCCGCCCGCUCCAGGACAACACCCUUCAUGGGCAUCAUAGACAAGACAGCACGGACACAGCAGUACACUCAUCUCCACCAGCAGAGCCGAACCUGGGCUGUGUCCUCUGUCGACACUGUUAUCACCAGCCCUACCUCCUCUGGAGGCAUGUCCCCCCAGUCCGGCUCCUACAGCCCUCCCCCAGUCAGUAACAUUGCUUUCUACAACAAGACUAACAAUGCCCAGAACGGCCACCUGACGGAGGACGACCUGUGUGUGUCCCACGGCAAGCUGGCCAACGGAUCCCGGGCCGAGAUUUUGGAGAGGGUCAGUCAGGCCCCCUCGUACCCAGAUGUAAAGGUGGCCAGAACACUCCCUGUGGCGCAGGCAUACCAGGACAGCAUAUACCGGCAGCUCUCCAGAGACUCGCGACAAGGGCCAACUUCACCUUUGAAACCAAAGAGACCAUUCGUAGAGUCGAAUGUAUGAAAGGGAAUCCUUUAGAGUCUAAACCCCAUGUUGUCAGCAGGUUUCAAUCAGAUUUCUUGCACACGUAGUCACGCAGUGAGUGCACUGUACAGUAAAGCUACUUCCACUCGGAGAUGAAACAAAAUGGAAACAGCGAUUGGUUUUAUUCCAUUCCGUUGCUUAUUUGUUUGAGCAGUUUCUAACUUUUCUAACUAUUGUCCAAAAGCGUAAUAUCAGAAGGGAGAAAAAUGUGAAAUGAAUAUAAGCAUUAAUGUUUAAAUAAUGAAUGUUAGACUCGAGCAUUAUCAGGUCAUUUUCCAUCUUUUACUUUAAACUGAUAGAUUAAAGUGUAUUUACAGGCUUUCUUACAGUCUUAUUCGGGCUUUCUUUUUAAAAAGCCCCUUUGACACAAGCUGUAAUAUGACGCAGGUAACCUAUUUGAUUUUCAGAGAUUGCUGUGAUUUUUAGCAGCUCGUAUUGGGUUUCCUAUGAUUUAUCAGUGUGGGUGCAACGCACAGAACUGUUCUGAAACCUCAGACACAAUCACUUCAGACGCACCCGUCAGCAUUAAUCUCAAGGUCACUUCUCUGCACUAACAUGGGGUCGGGACUCUUAGUUUUUCAGUCAAGAGACAAACCGUGAGUUUGUUUUAGUUGCAAAGACGCUCUGUUUUAAUACUGUAAAUGUUAUAUGAAGUCUGGCUGGCUCUCUACAGAUCUGUAGUUAAGAUUAUUUAAGAUUAUUUUAAGUUAAAUCAACUGUUAUCAGGUAAAGUUUUUUUUAAGAUUUUAUUUUCUUUUAAACCAGGUGCAACUAUUGUUGAAUUGAUGUGAAACACAGGGGACAUUCCCAAAGCUCAGUCAUAUCAUAAUAUUUUCCAUGGUGAUACCAACCACGUUAGUCCACCGCCUUUCAUUUGCUGCGAUGUACUGUAAUAGAGCACUUGAAAAGAAAAUCCCUUCAACAUAUUAACUCUUUGAGGACUGAAACACCUCUGCUUCAGAAAGAACAUCUUUCCUCUUUCAACUGCAAGGGGGGAAAUGUUCCUUUUAAACUUUCCAAUGGUUCAAAUUCAAGAAAGUUGCCGAUUGUUUACUUCAUGGAAGAAGAACGAGAAAGGAAAAUUGGAAACUUAUUAAUCUUCCUUCCGCGUUGAAACACAGCUGGAGUCCUCAAAGGGUUAAUGUAAUAAACACAUGGCUUGUUCAGAAUAAUUUGUUUGCUGUUAAUCGUGUUGCUUUAAGGCGUUGCUGAACAACAGGUUGAACUGAAGGAACAAAUUCUGACCUGGGUGCUGCCUGUGUACUGUCCCUCACCUUUGGUGUGUGGGUGGCACAGCAAUUUACAUUGAAAGAUUUGGGGUGAAUCUUCGAGAUUCCACAUGCACUGAG